UGAGAAACAGAUAGUUUCAGUGGAGAGAACGAGAUGUGGGCUCAGUCGCUAGUGGCCACGGCGAUGAAACAGGGGAACCCUUUUCAUGGCAGCAAGAGAGCUGCCUCUGUAGUUUCCCAGAAACCCAAUAUUCCAUCCGUAUCGACGCUGCAACUACCGAAACUUUCAAAAACCAAUUCAAUUACCCCAUCCACCCAAACGCAACCGCUGCUGUCUGCUUCUUCUUCUUCGUCGUCUUCUUAUGCCAUUGCUCCGUCCGUACAACACGUCAAAGCUCUGCGGAUUCGACCCACUGCCAAAUUGGGCCUUCUCUCUCUCCUCUUCGUCCUCUCCAUGGCUUUUGCUGCGCUUUUCUCCGUUGUUGUAAUUUGCAUCCCAACUAUCAACGCUUUGAGAAGAUUGGAAGCUGCUGUGAGAAAAUUAUCCAAUGUGGUGUCCCAAGAGGUGCCUGGAACUCUGUCUUCUCUCAAACUCUCUGGCCUUGAGAUCAACGAAUUGACCCAACAGCUUGCCAGUCUCAGGAAAAGUAUUUCCACAUCCCGGUGGGAAAACGAUUCAAAGUGACAAUUUUUUGAUGAUUCAGUUCAUGUGCCUCAUAUGUAGUCAUAACUUUUGGGUCAGGACUCAGGAUGAUCAUGGAAGCUUUUUGUUGAACUCUUCCUCGGUUUCAAUACUGGGAAACCGAAACUGUUUAGAUUGUUAGUUUUUGUUCUUGAACUACCUAAUUGGGUUGUGAAUGUGUCUCAUUCCUUGAACCACGUUGAUGCCAAAGCUAGGCUCAGGCAGUUCCUUCUGUUUAGUGCAGAACACAUUGAAAACAUGGCAUAAAUGCUUACUUCAAGCUUGUUUGACAACCUCAUCUUUUGUUUGAAUUAUAAUGCUAAAAUCAAAGUGUCUUUAAUUUCUGAAUUGGUUCAAUAUCAACAAGAGUUGAACAUGAAUAGGGUACAACAAAACUUAUAAUUUGGCAAACUUCUUCAGAGCAUCACCGACAUCUUUUAGAUGCUCUGGCACAGGCAUGUUGCAUAAAAGAGUAACUCUUGAUGAUGAUACUAAGGAUUUGAUGUCUGAGUUUGAAGGAUUAAUCUUCCACAGUCUCACCUCCCAAACCUGCCCAAAAAUCAAAACAACUUUGAAUGAUAUAAUCUGUUUAUUUAAUAUAUUAAGUAAAUGAAAUGAUAAAUUGAUGAAAGAUAAAUAAAUAAAAAACCAAUGUGGAGGGCAUUGGCACCCUAGUUGCUUCCUGCUUUGGAUAAUUCGGUAUUGGCAUUCACAUUUCCAUAGUAUGAAAUGAUGGCAGGAUAGUCUGGAUGGUGCCAACAUGAUUAUUAUAUUUCCAGUUGGAAAUUUGUGUAAAUGGAGUGAUGGAAAGAAUGAGAUGGAAAAUACAUGACCCUAUGUGGAUAAUGUUGUAGAGAAGAUAAAACCGUAUGCACUUUCUAAAUGUCAUUUUUUUCUUGGACACCUACACUACACCUAUUGUUGUAUUAGCAGUUGUAAUUACAGUUAAUUGAAGUGAUACUUGAUGAUGAAGACUGGGGAGGACUAGGAGCCCGGGAGAUGGAUUAUAAUUAAGAAGACAAGGAGGAUAGGAAUUUGACGGUGAAGAGCAGAGGAACCUGAAUGGUUUUGCCAA